GACAAGGCUUUAUCAUGCAUCACUAAUGAGGAAAUCUCAGCCAAGGAAGUUGCUAGCAAUUUUUCUAAAGCCUCCAGAGCAACUGAAGAUCAGACAGCAAUGUUUUGUCCUCGCAGCCUUGAAAUGGUAAUAACUUGCAUCCAAUGAACAAUCUAAAAAGCCUCCAAAGAAACUUAUUUCUAAGAUGCCAUAAUAGUAAAGGUCAGUUAUUUGGAUGCAGUUCUGGAUACAAAGUUACACUGAGAUGAACAUUGUGAGAAAUCUCCAAUUGAUGAAACCUGGGAACACUUUCUUCUUGUAUACAUUCCUGCUCUGCAUUCUAGGGUUUCUCUACUUAUCGUCUGGUCUAAAAACAAGAACAUCCAUAAACGGGUUUAAUGCAAUUCGCCAGAAAAGAGAUCUCUUAACAGCAGAGGAUAAUGGAGAUCCAUUCUCUGGAGCACGCAGGCUCCUUACGGAAUCACACAUUUCAAAGACAGAGUCUUGCUCACAAGGUUGUCUUAAUGGAGCACUUUGUACAGAAGCCGGUUCGUGCGAUUGUGAGACCUUUCAGGCACAAGGAGACAGAUGCCAAUAUGUGCCAAACACUGGGAAAGAAAGAGAUGCAAUUUGCAAAAGCUGGGGCCAAUACAACUUUGAAACAUUUGAUGGUAUCUACUUUUACUUCCCGGGAAACUGUUCAUACAUUUUUGCCAGAGAUUGCAGCAAUCCAGUGCCUCUGUAUACUAUAUGGGUUCACAACAGUCCUAAGUGUGAGGGAUCUGUGUAUAAUUGUCCACGCUCCAUCAGUAUGUUUUUCUCAAGCCAAGAGGAGAUCACCGUUUCGGGUUAUGAAGUGAGGAAAGGAGGUAUGAGGUUGUUGCUCCCACAGACAGUAGAAAAUGUAUUUAUUGAGAGACUAGCUGACUAUAUUUUGGUGAAGACAACCUUUGGAUUUUCUCUUGCCUGGGAUGGAGGCUCUGGAAUAUACAUCAAGCUAACAGAAGAUCAUAGAGGAAAACCCUGUGGCUUAUGUGGAAACUUUAAUGGCAACUGGUCAGAUGAUUUGAUCAUACAGCACACAGAAGAAACUACAGAAGACAUUGCUUUGUUUGCAAACAGCUGGUAUAUCCAAAUUCCAGAUGAAACAAUUUGUGUACCCACAGUCUCUGAAUACCCAAAUCCUUGUUCUCAGGAGUCAGUCCACGAGGCAAUGUUUCUCAAGUGUCAAGUGCUAUUACAGUUCCCUUUUCUGAGCUGCCAUGAAACUAUUGACCCAUAUUCUUUCAUUGCCAGCUGCAUGAAUGAUCUUUGCAAACAAGAUGAUGAAGAAACCUACUGCCGUGUUGUAAUGGAGUAUGCAAGAGCAUGCUCUCAUUCUGGUUUUCCCAUACGAGACUGGCGAGAUGACUUCCCUGCAUGCACUGAAAAAUGUGAGAACAAUUUUGUUCAUCGGGACUGUAUAAGCUGCUGCCCGCCAACUUGUACUUAUGAAAAAGAAUGUCUUGGAAGCAAUCUGCACUGCCUGGAUGGAUGUUACUGUCCAGAAGGGCUUAUCUUGGACAACGGCUCCUGUGUUUCUGUUACUAGCUGCCCUUGUAUUUACCAUGGGACAGCUUACCCAGCAGGUUCCAAAAUAGAACAAGAAUGCAGCAUGUGUAUUUGCACUGGCGGUGUUUGGAACUGCACAGAACAUGAAUGUCCAUCUGAAUGUUCUGUGGUUGGAGAUUCUCAUUUUACAACUUUUGAUGGACGUUAUUUUACAUUCUUGGGCUUGUGUCAGUACAUUCUGGUGAAGGGCAUUGGAAAAGAUAAAUUUACAGUCACAUUACAGAAAUCUUCCUGUGAACAGCAUUCUGACCAUACAUGCAUUCAGUCGAUAACACUUGUACUAGAUGAGGAUAUUAAUAAGCAGAUCACUAUCUUGAGGAAUGGAGAAGUCCAGUUUGGUUCUAACCAGGGUAUUAUACUGAAUGGUGAUAUUGAGGUUCGAAAUUUGUCCUCAAUGUUUGUGCAGCUAAAGACAAAGUUUGGAAUAAGAAUUCAGUUUGCUAAAGGAGGUGACAGACUUUAUAUUCAAGCUAAUAGUUCCUGGAAGAGGAGAACAUUGGGACUAUGUGGGACAUUUAAUGGCAACCUAAGAGAUGACUUUCUUUCUCCAGCAGGUAUGAUUGAAGGAACCCCACAACUUCAUGCCAAUGCCUGGAAAAUAUCAUCAGCUUGUUUAACUCCAGUAAACAUCCCUGUAAUAGACCCAUGUGACACUAAUCUUCAGAAUGUUGGAUAUGCAACCAACUGUGAUGUUAUCAAUCAGGAACUUUUUGCUCCAUGUCAUGCCUACGUGAGUCCAGGAUUGUAUUACCAGUUGUGUCGUUUUGAUGCAUGUAAAUGUGGCAGUACUUGUCUUUGCAAUGCCCUGGCUCACUAUGCCUACAUUUGCAACAAGCAUGGGGUAUCCAUCAACUUCAGAUCACAGGUUUCAUUUUGUGGAGUCAUAUGUCGGUAUGGGAUGUUGUACCAUCAGUGCUCCUCUUACUGCGGACGCACUUGUUAUUCUCUUUCUCUGGGAGAAGUCUGCACUGACGAAUGUAUUGAAGGAUGUAACUGUCCUGAUGGAAAGUACUUUGAUGAGUCUCUUAGUUUUUGUGUUCCAAUAUCAAGUUGUCGUUGUUAUUUUAAGGGCAGAAUCUAUCAUCCGGGGGAAGUGAUCUUGAGACAAUCUGGCUCCUGCCAGUGUUUGAAUGGAACAAUGAGAUGCACUGAAACUUCUACAACCAUCACAGGUCACACAUGUCCAGAGGGAAAAUUAUACUUUGACUGUCGAAACCCUAUACUGGGUUUACCAUCUGCUGGCGUCAACUGUGAAGUCACAUGCGCUAACUUGGCAAUGAACUUCACAUGUGUCCCAUCACCACCAUGUGCCAGUGGAUGCAUUUGUCCACCAGGCAUGGCAGAACAUAAAGGGAAAUGCUAUGUGCCAGAUAGUUGUCCAUGUACUUGGAAGGAUUGGGAAUACUUGUCUGGGGAAGUGAUAUCUACACCAUGUUACACAUGUGUUUGUAAAAGAGGAAUCUUUAACUGCACCAGUUAUCCCUGUCCGUCUGUGUGUACUGUGUAUGGUGAUCGCCAUUAUUUCACUUUUGAUGGCUUGGAAUAUGAUUAUGUCAGUGACUGUCAGGCGUUUUUAGUAAAGAGCACCGACAAUUCAAAUGUGUCCAUCAUCUCUCAGAAUAAGAAAUGCUUUGACAAUGACAUUAUCUGCUCUAAAAAUCUCAUCAUAUCUGUGAGUGGCAAAGAGAUAUAUUUUUCUGAUACACCUGAGAAACAGAGGCAGUUUCGAUUACAAUAUGGCCCUCAAAGAUAUCAACACUGGAAGGCUGGGUUCUAUACAGUGGUUCACUUUCCAGAAUUAGACAUUACUAUUCUUUGGGAUAAGAAGACGACAAUUCAUGUCAAAGUUGGACCUCGAUGGAAAGGCAAACUAUCAGGACUGUGUGGAAAUUUUGACAAGUACACUUCAAAUGAUCUCACAACUUCAAAUAACAUGGAAGUGAGAAAUGCUCAGGUGUUUGGAGACAGCUGGACAAUUGGCCAGUGUAAAAGUUCAAAUGAAACAAUGAGACCCUGUGAAGUUCAUCAAAGUAAAUUUCCCUAUGCAAAAAAGGAGUGCUCUAUUCUGUACAGUGAUGUAUUUGCUCCAUGUCGUAAUGUGAUUGAUGUGACAUCGUUUGUUAAAAACUGCCAUACAGACACAUGCAAUUGUUAUCUUGGAGGGGACUGUGAAUGUCUGUGCACUAGCAUAGCAGCAUAUGCUCAUAAAUGUUGUCAACAAGGUGUAGUUGUCCACUGGAGAUCACCAAAUAUGUGCCCUUAUGACUGUGAAUACUAUAAUCAAGGACUGGGUGAAGGUCCCUUCAUCCUCUCUAGUUGUGGCAACAGUGAAAUUGUAUUAGGUGUGAACGUUACAAGUAAAUACAUAUUCCCGUUGCCAAGAAUGAGUGCACAUGGAAAUGUUUUGUUUAACUUCAUGAUAACACCUGGACUUUUCAGAGAUAAAGACCGAUCACUUUCACUUGUAUCUUUGGAGUCAGCGGAAAGACCAAAUUACUUCCUAUCUGUAGAAGAAAAUGACAGUGUACGACUUGAACAAUGGGAAGCUAGUCCUACUUUCCAAAGAAGGGCAACCUUUUUUCACCACCAGGGCCUUUGGAUUCCAGGCUACAGUGCUUUUGAAUUGCACAGCAAAAAAGGUUUUUUUAUUGUUCUCACUGCUACAGAGGUUAAAGUUUCCAAAUAUGACAAUUCUGAGGAGUUCAAAUUGUCCAGUGGUUUUAAGAUUGAAGAGAUUGCUGCUGCAGUUCCAUACAGGAGAAUGUGUGAAUGGAGAUAUGAGCCAUGUUCCAGCCCUUGUGUUAAAACCUGCAGUGACCCUGAAGCCACCCUUUGUACUUUCCUUCCACCAGUGGAGGGUUGCAUUCCAUACUGCCCAAACCAUAUGAUUCUUGAUGAAGUUACACUUAAAUGUGUCUACAAAGAAGACUGUGUCCCAGUAAAAUCAACAGUCUUACCUUUUACAACAAAGCCAACAAAAACCAGCCCAGCUUCAACUGCCUCUAGCACUACAGAAAAGUAUCCAACAAUGACUUCUUUAACUUCAACAGACUUUUCUGACACGCCAACAUCCUCUACGAUACAAUCUUAUAGUGAGAGAAAAACAACCCUCCAAGCACACCUGAGGUCUUCAACGCCAAGUACAGCAGACAAGUAUGAAUCACCUUUUGAACUUCUUACCAGUGGCUAUGACAAAACAACAGUAACUACAUAUUCAACAGACACUGCACAACAGACUACAAAAAAGAUAACUCCUGAAACAAGAGAAGGUUCUACAACUUCUAAAAUAUUCACAUCUUCAAUUAAACGAACAACAUCUCCUCAAACAGUAACAUCCUUUGCAACUUUGAAAACCAUACCUCCAAGAGAAGUUGUUGACACAACUAAGACACCGACAAGAAUGUUGGGUCAGCUUUCGCAAGGUCUAUUUCAGUUAACAACAAGGGCAGUUACAGUGUUAUUAUAUUCAUCUGUACCAGAGAGUACGGUUUCACCUGUAGCCAAAGAUACAUCAGGAUUGCCAAUGAUAUUAAAUGUAUCCUCUCCAGUGGAAACCAGCACACCAUCUGUGUCACUUACCUCAUAUGUGGUCACUUCUCCUUUAAGUACAGCAGUGAAGCAAGUUCCUUCCACAUCUAGCAGUACAACUACUUCAAAAGAACUGCAAAGUUCCCAGACACCACAAACUACUUUCAAGAUAACCGAUGGAAAACCAUUAACCAGUAUUAUACUUCAUACGUCUUUAAUAAAUGAAACUGUUCCUCUUUUUCCCACAAAUACAACAGGUAUUAGUAUAUCUGGAAAUGAGACAAGUGUAUUGACAUCACCAUCAAUUCAUCUGUCCCCUGCACUUACUCGAAUACAUACAACUCCUAUUUCUACUUCAACAUCUAUUCCAGAUCUACACCAAACAACAAAAUCUAUAACACAAACAAACUUGGAAGAAGAACUUUCUAUACUGUCCACAAAAGAAUAUACAUCUGAAAAAGCUCUAGUAGCUUCAACCCCUGAAACUACUGUCAGUGUCACUACUUAUCCACCCACAAUAAGUGUGACAACUGAACCGUUUUCAAGUACUCUUUUAAGUACUCUUACUCUACCUCUACAAAAUACCACAUCUAUAACUGACAAGGGAGCUACCUUAGAUUAUCUUAAAUCCACUGAGUCAGCUAAGCCAACAGUGACAGCAACAACAAAGGAUUUGACAAAAACUUCCCUAAAACCCACCACUUUGUCUACUACUAAUGCAACGUUUAUUCAGACUCCACCAGUAACUCUAAGUACUAAAAAGUUCCCAAAAAGUACAGAGCCCUCAAUAAAGACUUUAACUACUCUUAAAGAACACUUGGGUACAAGCAUGCCAACACAAGAAGCUCCAACUAGUACUUUAGAAAGGAGAUCCACAGAUCAUCCAAUUUCAACUACACAAGCAAGUUCAUCUAUAAGUCCUUUUGUGAAACCAGAAGGAACUAUUAAAGUAACUAUGCCUUCAAUUGAAUCUUCCACUUCAUUUCCCAGAGACAGUUUGUUUACCACGUUACCGCCUUCUGUUACUUUUGACACUUCAUCACAUAGUUAUGGAAAAGUCACAGACUCAACAACCAGCCAUUUAGACAAGUAUUCAACUGCUAUGUCGAGUACUAAACAUCUGGAAACACCAGCAGAACUUACAACUAAGACUGCAACUACAGAAACAUCAGGAUUUUUAUCCACACUUGGGACUAUCAAUGAGACAACUUUAAAUGUUACAGUUUUUAAGGAAACUACCCAUACAGUCUACGGCACUCACAGUUUGAGUACUAUAAAAGAAAUGGCAUCAACAGCCUCUGUUGAAACUGUGACACAAAGCACCAUGGGCAUGACCCAACCAGCAUAUACCUCUUUAGUAACUAUCAAGACAUUGACUGAUUCUGCCCCUCUGGAAACUUUGGAACCUACGUCUAACGUUACAAAACUAAAACAGUUAGGAACUACACUAUCCAUACAUACAUUAUCUGAUUCAUCUGUUUUGCCCUCUACCACUGAACCUAUCAGCUCAGAAACAGCAACUGAGUUUAUGGGAAAUCUUACAGCAUCAGCAGAUUAUUAUUCAUUUGGAACCAUGGUACAUACUAGUAGCUCUUCAGAAUGCAUGCCGAGAUAUAUUGAACCAUUGGACCCAUGCAGCCAGUAUGUUUGUAUCAACAUGGGAUGGAUGCUGUAUAAUGUAUCAAGUAAUUGUCAUAAAAAUGUGGAGAAACCUGACUGUGGCUUUCGUGGAAUGCCAGUUCAAGUUAAUAGUGACAGCUGCUGCCCAGAAUGGGAAUGUCCUUGCCAGUGUUCUGUGCUAUCAGAGCUGAGCAUUAUAACAUUUGAUGGAAAUAAUAUUGCACUGUAUAAUGCUGCACCGUAUAUCUUGGUUAGACUUCCAAAAGAAACUAUUGUGGCUCAUAUAGAAAAAUGCCCUCCAAGCUUGAGUGUAAACUCGAUACGAAAGUUGGUUGCAGCAGGCGGUACUUCAGGGUUAUGUUUUAAGAAACUCAAUGUGACAACAGCAAAUUUCCAAUUGCUUAUAAAUCGUUUGGAACGGAGGGUAGAAGUGAAUUCAGUACUUCAACCCUUACCCUUUUCAAAGCAAGGUCUGUGCAUCCAAGACACAGGAGCAAUGUAUGUCAUUAAUACACCAGCGGGCAUUAGCAUUAAAUGGACUCAUGUUACUGGCAUUAUAGAUAUACAGUACGGCCUUCAUUCCAACCAGUCCACCAAAACUGAAGGCCUUUGUGGAAUAUGUAAUGGUGAUCCAAGUGAUGAUUUAAAGAUGCAAAACAGAACAAUAAUAACAAACAAAGAAGAUAUAGAAGCAUUUAUUAAAAGCUGGGAAAUUGAGAAAUCUAUCGAUGUUACCACAAGACGUCCACUGAGAAACUGCACAGAAGAUAACUGCACAUAUUGCAUGGAAUUACUCAACAGAAAAGUAUUUGUGCCCUGUCACAGGAAGGUUUCUCCACAAGAUUUCUGUGAGAAGAUGUGGAUUAACAGUACCUACUUUCUAAAUUAUGAAUGCGAUGCUCUUUCUGCAUAUGUAGCACUAUGCAGUAAGCACAAUAUCUGCAUUCGAUGGAGGACACAAGAUUACUGUUCGUUGCCAUGUCCGGAGGGAAAGGAAUAUCAAGCUUGUGUCCAACCGUGUGCUGCUAAGACCUGCUUAAACAAAUGGUACUAUGAAGAGUCCCCCUGUUCCUACUUAAGGGAAGACUGUGUGUGCAAAAAAGGAACAAUUCUUCACAGGACUGAUUCUGAGCUAUGCAUCCCUGAACAAAAAUGUGCUUGUACUGAUAAUGAAGGACAUCCCCACUCGCCAGGAGAGAUCUGGCAUUCCUCAGCCAAUAAAUGCUGCCUGUCAAAAUGUCUGGAGAAUGGAACUGUGGUGUCCGUAGAACCCAACUGCAGCGAGCAGCCAGACCCUAUCUGUAAUCGGGAGGGGGAGGUGCUUAUCCGUGUCAUUGAAGAAGGAGCUUGCUGUCCAAAAAAAGUGUGUGACUGUAACACAACCUUAUGUGAAAAAACUAUAACAUGUAAAAGUGGAGAAAGAUUGGUUGCUGAAUACAGCCCAGUAACCUGCUGCCCUCAGCUACACUGUGUUUGUGACCCAUCUGCUUGUCCAGUAGUAACACAACCAGAAUGCAGACAAGACCAGAUUUUAGUUCAGGUUAGACAAGAGGAUUCUUGCUGUUUUUCAUACAUCUGUGUUUGUGAAUCCUGUACAGAACCUGUUGCCGUUUGCACUGAUGAAGAAAUCCUUACUGUAGAUUUAAAUACCACUAACCAGUGCUGUCCCAGAUACAUUUGUGUGUGUGAUGAGAAACUCUGCCCUUCACCACAACUGAACUGUUCUUUUGAGUCACAGUUGGUCAAAAAGACAUCAGAUGGAAAAUGCUGUCCAGAUUGGUACUGUGAAUGUAACUGUGGAAAUGAGACCCUCAAGGAAUGUGCGCUGGGAGAGUUUCGGAGGAUUGAUACUGACCGACAAAGCCCGUGUGGAUGCAGUCAUUACAUAUGUGAAAAGGAGGAAGUAUGCGUAUAUAUGGGAAUUACUUUGCUGCAACCUGGUCAGGUACUAGUUGAGUAUCUGAAUGGGAAGACUUGCUACACUGUAAAAUGCUUACAUGAAAAGGAUCCAGCAACUGGAUUUUAUGCCAUGGAAACCCUGAUGGUUAACUGUUCCAAGAACUGUGCUCCUAAUCAACUUUAUGUCCCAUCAUCUAACCAUCAGAUGUGCUGUGGAACCUGCAAAAAUGUGUCAUGCACUUUUUACAGUCACAAUGAAACAUUCACUAUAUAUGAGGUGGGCGACUCAUGGAUUUCCAACUGCACUAAGUAUGAGUGCACAAAGACUGCUGUAGGUGCCAUGGUUCUGGGUUCUAGUGUUGUCUGCCCUCCUUUUAAUAGCAGUGAAUGUCUAAAGAAUGGAGGAACUAUACAGACAUACAACGAUGGCUGCUGCAAGAUAUGCUCAAAGGAAGAAAAGAUCUGUCAGAAAGUGUCAGUCAGAACCACUAUACGAAAAAGUGACUGUUUUAGUCAAUAUCCUAUCACUGUGGCUUCCUGUGAUGGAAAAUGUCCGUCAGCAACAAUUUUUAAUGUAAACAUUGAUAGCCAUAUAAGAUUCUGUAAAUGUUGCCGGGAAAAUGGAGUACAGAAUUUUACUGUGCCACUCUACUGCUCAGGAAAUGGGACUGAAGUGAUGUAUGUCAUUCAAGAACCACUGGACUGUUCAUGCCAGUGGAAUUAAACAGACUGGGAUACAGCACAAUACAGAUCCUGUCCUAAGUACUCUAUGCACUGAAAGCACACACUGUAUUUAUCCUGUGUCACUGAUCAGCUGGGCUACACAAUUCACAUUUUGGCUACAGUAUGCCUUACUAUUUAAAUCACGCAGUGUAGACUGUUUAUAACUUCACCCCAAAUUGUUUCUUAAGGUUAAAUCCGUUUGCUAAAAUGUUAUACAUUCCCAGGUGAAACUUUGAAAGUGAAUUUUUGCAAAGAUGGAUCAGUAUAUUAAAUCUUUGCAUGUGUGACAUUGCUCAAAUGUAUACUUGACUUAUGGUGCAUAAUGCCGAUUUGUACAGUAUACCCUUUUUAAAACUGAUCCCAAAGGUGCCAUGAUUUUUGUAACUGCUAUGAAUAUUAAUAUGUUGUUUAGAGAUCUAUCUCAUCAUAUUGUAUCAGUAAGCCCGGCGGUAUGUUUAUGACUAAUGACAUGCAAUACCCAUAAAGCAUUAAAAUUUUUGUGUUUGUAUAUACUCGAAGGACAAUGUAUUAUAAUAAAUG